UAUGGCGCCGUGAAUCAUUAAGUUGUGGUAUAAAAGCUGUGUUGGAGAAGGUCAUUGUUCUAUGGCUUUAAACUCUACACAGUCAACAGAAAGGUCUCCGUCUGAUCCUUCAAAAAAAGAUGACAGAGACUGGCCUGAUUUUGUUUUCGGAGCUGGAGCAGCUGCCGUGAACAUUCUCUCGACCUUCCCCGCCCACAAAGUUAUGUUUCGGCAGCAAGUUGAGGGGUUGAGGAUUCGGUAUGCAGUGCGCCAGGUGCUGAGAGAAGGCGUGUGGAACCUUUAUCGUGGAGUUGUUCCUCCGUUGAUGCAAAAAGGAACUUCAAUGGCAAUUAUGUUUGGUUCAUACCACAAGUUCCAAAGAAUGCUCUCUCGUAAUUUAACGAACACUUCUCCAGUGGCUACUAGUGCAAUAGCAGCAAUGCUAGCUGGAACGAUAGAAGCACUUUUCACACCAUUUGAACGAGUGCAAACUUUGAUGUCUCAUCGUGGCCACAACGAGAGAUUUGUUAACACAUUUCAUGCUUUCAAAGUCAUAGGAAUGCAAUAUGGAUUACGAGAAUAUUAUCGAGGGUUCACUCCGAUAUUGUUGAGAAAUGGACCCUCUAAUGUGUUAUUCUUUGGCCUGAGAGGGCCAAUUAAGUCCAUUUUACCGGAAGCAAAAACUAGUAUUGGAAACGCAGCCAAUGAUUUUGUCAGUGGAGCUGUGUUAGGGGCCUGUCUGAGCACCUUGUUCUUUCCAGUUAAUGUUGUUAAAAGCCACAUGCAAAAACAGCUGGGUGGAGAUUUUGUCAACUGUGUGAAAGCUUUCACAGUAGUUUUUAAUGAACGAGGAAGGAGAACACGACGGCUCUUCUAUGGAGUCUCACUGAACUACACACGUGCUCUGGUGUCUUGGGGAAUAAUUAACUCCACUUACGAGUUUCUGAAGAAAUGUUUAGGACACAGAAGUGUUCUAAGGACAAAGAUGCACACAAAGGCUUGAAGUUUCAUAUUUCAGAGGUAAUGUAUUCACUGAAAGGUUGUGGCCAUGUAUGCUGACGUCCAUGAAUUACAUCUUAUCCUUAGUCCCUGUGUUGUCAAUUCCAAUAAUUACCAAGUUACUUGGAUUGCUUACUGCUAGUAUGAAGGUAUUGUCAUUUACAGGCUUCGUGUAUGUGUCACUGUACAAUGCAUCCUGCUUUGCUAAUGAGUUGUUUGCUGGGAUUAAUGUGUCGCUUUGAUUUUGUGUUGUGGAAAACCAAUCCCUCUGACCUUCGAAGACCAUUCAAGGACCUAUUGUCAUGAAUUUGUAUAUGGCUGUUAUGCUCCUGAGUAACCAAAUGUGUCUCCAUUUGACUUGUCUUCGUUAACAUCUUUGUAAGACAGUGAGUCAACUAGAGAAACUCCCAGCAAUCAGAGAGAUUUCUGAUUAGAUGGAUCCACACCAACCUUCCAGGAUAUUGCUGAUGUUUGAGUACUGAAGUCACAAGUUUCUUUUUUCAACAUACAACCCUGGGUUGCAGGUGAAGGAGUUUCUAAUUAGCAGAAUCUAAAUCAAUUUUUAUUAAUCCCUCUGACCUUGGAAGACCAUUCAAGGACCCAUUUUGUGUAUGACUUACUCCUGAGUAACCAAGAGAGUCUUCAUUUGCAUCAUAUUCCUCAAAAUCCUUACACAACAGUGAGUUUACAGUAGAAACUCUCAUUGAUUUGAAGGAUUUGUAUCUAAUGGAUCCAAAUUCAGCCAACUUAAAACCCACUGACCUUAACAGUUGAUGCAAUCUAGCAAUAUUAAGUCAAGUGUUACGCUCAAAAUCAGGUGUAACUAUAACUGCAAAUGGUAAGAAAUUACUAGUAAAGGCCAUAUUGUUGACUGAGCUUUUAUAACUUAUUCAACAAAUGCACACUCAAAUGAUUACUUUUGGAUACUGUUAUAUUAAGAACAGGAGUUAAAACCUGCUUGAGGCAAUAAUUUUUAGAAAUUCAUGUAAAGAACAUUAAGCCAUACUCUACUUACAUUAAACAAAUAGUUUCCAUGUUUCUGUGCUUCAGUUUAGUGAUAGAUUACAAAUGAUGUCAAAAGUUGAUAGCAACAAAAGAGUGGUGCAUGAGGCGCAGCAAAGUGUGGUACUAAUGUUUUUACCACAUUUGACAUCUUCUGUGAUGUAUUACUGAACAGAUCCCAUGACAACAUGUAAUAUAUAGAGGAUAUUACAUGGCCAUGUGGGGAUACAAAUUUUAUCUUCGAGUGCUGAAAGUACAGUGUCUCUCACGAGUGAGCUGUGCUCACUCAUGAGAGAUAAUUUCAGCACAAGAAGAUGAAAUUCGUAUCCCCAAGCAGCCAUGUAAUGUUCUGUUUAUUAUAUAGAUACUGAUGAAAUUUCAAAUCAACCGACCGCGUGCCUGAGCGAGAAGCUCUAUUGUAAUUGGGUAAUUAUGUUGGUAACCAUGGCCACACCAAUAUCCUCACACGUGAAAGAUAAAAAAAGUAUA